AAAAUCGUGAUUUGUGUUGCCAUUUUGUUCGUGUGCGCGCAAGCGCGAGGUCCUCUUUUCGCCUUUCGUCCAUCAAAGCAGUUGCUGAGAUCGCAAGCUUUGUUGGUGGAAAAAUGCCUCCCAAAUUCGACCCCAACGAGAUCAAGAUCGUGUAUCUUCGCGCGACUGGUGGCGAAGUCGGUGCAACUUCGGCAUUAGCCCCCAAAGUCGGUCCAUUGGGAUUGUCACCAAAGAAGGUCGGUGAUGACAUUGCCAAGGCAACUCAGGACUGGAAAGGUCUUAGAAUUACUGUAAAGCUGACCAUCCAGAACCGUCAAGCUGCAGUGUCCAUUGUACCUAGUGCCUCCUCGCAGAUUAUUAAGGCUUUGAAAGAGCCUCCUCGUGAUCGCAAGAAGGUCAAAAACAUCAAGCACACUGGCAAUGUCCCGCUGGAGCAGAUCAUCGAGAUUGCCCGCAUCAUGAGGCCACGCAGCAUGGCUCGUCAGUUGAGUGGAACUGUGAAGGAGAUCCUCGGAACCGCACAGUCUGUCGGAUGCACCGUUGAGGGCAGUGACGCCCAUGAUGUCAUUGAGCAGAUCGAUCAGGGUGAAAUCACCAUCCCUGACGAGUAAACCCACCACAAACGCUUCAAUAAAAAAAAGAUAAAACUUA